CUGCUGAGAGAUGACUGGAAUUUCUCAUCAGACUGAGAGGGUCAUUUGAACUUUCUCGUCUUCUCUUCCUGCCCUCAUUAUUUCCACUCUCGUUCUCCAGACCCCGCACGAUUUCUCUUCCCUCCCUUUUCUGACGCUCUGCACCGGUUUCUUUGGCAUCCCACUCGAGUGUGUGAGCCAAGGGAAGGCAGUGCUCUCGUGGGACUCGCAUAACUAUCUCUCUCUCUCGUGCAUGCACAGUUUCUUUUUUUUUCUCUCUCUCUCUCUUUCUCUUCUCUGAGGCUCACUCUGAAGCAUGCAGGACACUUUGCUCCAGUCUGCAGUAGAGAAGGGGCCUAAUUUUGCUCCCUUGGCUAAUGAGCUUAGCCCAUGCUGAGCAGCUUUUAGACCUGCAGGUUGUUGUUAUAGCGGGCACCGGUUAGCCCACAUUGGUUGGUGAGAGGAGCCAGAGCAGAGGAGUGAAUCUGAGAAGAGGUGUAGUGCAGCAAAAGCUUGAUCACUCCUCUGUUUGCCUGUCAGGACCACCACUGCUUAUGCUGGUACUGCGGCUGGGACAUCUUUCUCUCUCCCCCUCCCUCCCUCUAUCCUGCUUCUCUCUAAUAGUACCUGACUCCCCUCUCCCUCCCUCUCUGCCUGUCCCGGAGCACUGACGGAGUACUUUUGUAGCUGCAUCACUUCUCGGUCAGCUGUUCUGUCUUCCUGUGUCUUUCACUUCUUUUCUGUCUUAAACUCUCACCUGACUCUGUUGCCAAAAUGUACCGGAAUCCAUGGAUCUCGAAUUACCUGAGUCACGUCAAGUUCUGCAGCCAAGGAAUUGGGAGUGAGAACCCCAUUAAACUAAGCAAUCCCAGAUUGCUACAGAAGAGAGCAUUGAGCUUCCAGAAAGAAUUCUCCUGUGACGAAAAGGACGACCCAGCCAAAAGCGCCAAGGAUAUAGAUGUUAGUCUCUUGGCCAAUCUCCCCAAAGUCUCUGAAUUGAGGAAACUAUUUGAGGGCAUUACCACAAGCACAAGUGACUUGGAAAUGAACAGAAAGGAGCGCAUUGCUCGGCGGUUGGAGGGUAUAGAGGGUGAAGUACAUCCGUCUCUGCUGCCUACCUUGGUGGCCAACAGGCUUCUGGAGGAGGACACUCCACGAUACACUAGGGCCUCUGACCCCUGUGCUGUUACAGUUCAGCGUUAUGGCAUGGAGGGAUUUGAAAGCCCAGAAAUGCAGUUGAUGGCUCCAGAGCGCCAGUCCAGAGCUCGAUGCAGGCCUGAGCCUCAGUCCUUCAUCCACACUGAGCCAGUUCACAUUUCGGGUCCGACCAAAGGUGUUCCUGAGUUGGAGUCCAAGGCUGAACGCAUCGCCCGCUACAAGGCAGAGCGGCGCCGGCAGCUGGCCGAACGCUACGGCAUCUCUUUGGAUCAGGAACCCGACUUGGACCAUCACUCCCGCUACCCCCACUCUCACAAAGAGUCAGACUGCUCAGAGAGACGUAAUAGAGGGGAGCUGGUGGGAGAGGAAGGCAGAGAUAUCACCCUAAGUGCUUACACCAGUACCUUAGCUACUAGCCCGAGGGCAGGCCGUUCAGCUCCGCCACACGGCUACCCGGACCCAGGCUGUGAUAUUGGUCACACCAGGGUGGAGUUGUUCUCAGAGAGGGAGAGGCUGAUGAACCUGGAGAAUCAGCGCAGGGCCGCUCCGCCUGAGCCUCCAUCCUCCUCUUCAUACAUGGAUGUGACAUCAUCGUCCUCCUCUGCUAAAGUGCCUGCAAAAGACUACACAGUGACCGGCAUACCACCCAGUUCACCCAAGCAAGGCAGGCACCCCUCCCUCUCCUCGCCUAAACAUGGUGCGUCUCCUGGUGACCUAUUCAUUGAGCAGCAGGCCCAGAACGUCCUCAGCAGACAGGGAAUCAGAGUUAGGGAGAGGCUUGUCAGGGAGGAGGGCCGCCAGAAGAGCCCAGAGUUCGGAAAUGUUACAGAAGGCCUAGUGUACCGCAGACAAUUUCAGCACCAGCCCCCGGCUUCUACACGCUACCACGCAGACCCACUAGGCCCACAGCAGGCCUACUCCCACCAUCAUCCACAAGUUCAGCACAGCCGGGCCGGUCCACAGGGAGGGCAAGAAGUUGGCAAUUACCCCAGUUAUUUGUCCAUGACUUCUGGUCCUACAUCCAGAACUGGACAGCAGCAACAGCAGGUGGAAGAGGAAGAAGCUGGUGAGGCUGAGGCGGUCAAGGCAGAGGGCCUUCUGAGGAGCAGAAAAGCAGUCUUGCCUUCACAGAUCCGGCGCAGAGAGAGGAGCACUGAAGAGCCAUGGAGAGGGCGAGGUGAGGAGGAGCUGGUCGUGUACAGGAUGCAAAGAGAGGCUGAGGCAGAGGAACCUGUUAGAGGGGGACUUGGAGGCAGACCUAGAUGGGAGGAAGCAGAGUAUACCACCUGUCUGCAGGCGGCAGAGCGCCGACCCAGAGAGCGGGAAAACGCUGAUCGUGCCCACAAAAGACCGGCUGCGACCCACAUUGAGCCCAGAACAUCUCACACAGGGCCAGGAAGUUCCAGCUCCACCACAGCUCUGAGCCGAUCCGUGUCUGAUGCUGGAAAUCAGCGAGGACCCAAUCAGAGGACCUUGCAACACCAAACCAAGGAACCCCAGGAGGUCAGAGAAGGAGAAAGUUUGAGUAAUGGAGAGAGUCACCAGGACACCAGGGUGUCUGUUGCACAGCUCAGACAUUCCUACAUGGAGAGCACCACCACUCCUCCAACUAGCCGCAGGAAUGAGCUUGAAAUGGAGGAGUGCAGGGCACUGACGGGCUACGAGGCCCCAUGGAGAGGGGAAAGGGACAGGGGGCGCAGGCCCCGGCAGUAUAUCUAUCCUGGGGAGAGUAGAAAGACCUCUGAGAGGUUUAGGACACAGCCCAUCACUUCUGCUGAGCGCCAUGAGACUGAUAGGUCUUGUGUGAGUUCAGACUUUGCUUCUACUGAAGCUGAUGAAGAGAAGCUAGAUGAACGGGCCAAGCUGAGCGUCGCAGCUAAGCGCUCUCUCUUCAGGGAACUGGAGAAGAGCGUCGAUGGCGGAGCUCCUAAACUGCGGUCCAGGAAUGCCGCUGUGGACAGGAGACUAAGACGGACACAAGAUCGAUCCAGAACUCAGCCAGUCACAACUGAGGAAGUAGUCAUCGCAGCCACCCUGCAGGCAUCCUCACAGCAAAGUGCUGUUGCCCAUGAGCAAGUGAGGGAGGCCCAGCGGGCGCAGGAUACCAAGGAGAUCCGGGGCCCGACGCAGACGUCAUCACUAAAAGAAAAAGAUACAAAGCAGAGCGAGACUCAGGAGGAGCCUGACCUCUGCACCCUCAGCCUGGCUGAAAAGAUGGCGCUGUUCAACCGGCUGGCUCAGCCCCCAACCAGGGUCACCCACACAAGAGGGGACACGCGGCAGCGGAGGGCCAACGCUCGCUACCAGACACAGCCCAUCACACUGGGAGAUAUGGAACAGCUUCAAAACGGCACAGGCUCUCGGUUUGGACACCACCUAUCUUCCUCGUCUUCCUCUGCACUCAGAGCAGGCAGGACGGUGUCCAGUGACCACGCCGGAGACAUCCACAUAUCCACGGCAGCCUGCGUGGAGCCCACCUAUCCCAGCUCUGACAGGUCUCUGCCCCCUCGCCAACCAGACGGCCCAGUCGGGGGGUCCCAGGGAUCCUCAGAUCACCAUAGGCAUCACAUUUUGCCCCAAGGGGAAGACCAGAUUGAUCUUGGAGGGGGGAAGAGGAAGUUGCCGUCUCCUGAGAGAGCAGUCAGGCAGACCGCACUGCCCCAGCCCCAGAGUGGAAGAGAAAGGAGAGAAGAGGAGGAAGAAGCAGAGGAGGAGCAGCUGCAGCAGCGGCCGGACAGAGCGAUAGAAGAGGAAGUGCUGUGGAGCUCAGAGCGCCACAGGCUCCAGGACAGCCAGGAGCAAAGCCAGAAGAGCAGGGCCACCAGCGGAGACCCGCUGGAAUCCACUGUGGUAACAUCCAGAGCAGCGUCUGGCUUCCCCGAAGCAACAGACCCGCACACAGACAGCAACGCACACCCUGCUGGCCCGGUUCAACCUGAGCAGGGAGACGAACUGAGUGACAGGAUGAUGGCCCGACACAUGUCCAUCAAAGAGAGAGUCGCCUUGUUAAAGAAGAGUGGCGAGGAGGACUGGAGGAACAGGAUCAAUAAGAAGCAGGAUGUGGUGAAGAUUGCUGCAGCAGAGCAGAACGCUCAACUCUGGGAGGUGGAGCAGAGCUUCAAGAAGGAUGAUGAAGCGAUGAUGAUGAUUGACGAGUUUGCUGUGUCCGACCAGCUUUGGGAGCCAGUGUUUGCUGCUACUUUCUCUACUCCUCCUGAGCCUCCUUACAAUGCAACUGAAUCAGCCAGCCAGGCCAUCAGAUCUCGCAGACCUGUGCAGGUGGAUGAAAAACACCCCUGGAGACGAAAGAGGUUAGCAGAGGCAGAGAUGGAGUCUCAGAGGAUCGAGGCUCACAUGUCCAUUGAGGAGAGGAAGCAGCUGAUCGUGACCCGAGAGGAAGCCUGGAAGUCCAAAGGCCACGGAGCUGCCAAUGACUCGACCCAGUUCACUGUAGCUGCACGAAUGGUGAAGAAAGGUCUGGCCUCCCCUGCUGCUCUUCAGAAUCCUGUGCCAUCCAAACCCAAGAAUGGCAACAUUGCCAUCUCUAAACCACAGGAUGAAAUCAAGGCCAUGCCAGAUCUGAACCUGGAGUCAGACAUGAAGCUGGAUAAAUUGGAGUCAUUCCUGGGCAAGCUCAACAAUAAAAUGUCUGGACUGCCAGAAGCAACCAUCACAGUGACGGAAAAGAAGGUAAAGGAAGUGAUGACCCUCGAAGAUGAAACUUUUUCCAAGUUCUACCGCCAAGUGGAGGAACUCCCUUCCAUCACCAACAAGCUGGAGAUAGAUGACGACUUUGAUGCCAUCUUCGGUCCCCAGGUGCCAAAACUGACCUCAGAGAUGGUACAGCACAAGCGGGCGGUGCGCCCAGCACGUAACGUCCAGUCAUCCAGGAACCCUCUGAAGAUGCUGGCUGCCAGGGAGGACAUCAGACACGAGUACACGGAGCAGAGGCUCAACAUCGGCCUGCUGGAGAGCAAAAGGAUGAAGGCUGAGAAGAUGAAUAAGAACUCUGGCUUCUCUGAAGUGGCUCUCGCCGGUCUGGCCAGCAAGGAGAACUUCAGCAGUGUCAACCUGCGCAGCGUCAACAUCUCAGAGCAGAUGUCCAACAACAGCGCUGUGCCUUACAAGAAACUAAUGCUGUUGCAGGUCAAAGGCCGCCGGCACAUCCAGACCCGACUGGUGGAGCCGCGAGCAUCCUCCCUGAAUAGCGGCGACUGUUUCCUGCUCAUCACGCCACAACACUGCUUCAUCUGGAUCGGAGAGUUUGCCAAUGUCAUUGAGAAGAGCAAGGCUUCAGAGUUGGCCAAUUUCAUCCAGAGCAAAAGAGAUUUGGGUUGUCGAGCCAACUAUGUCCAAGUCAUUGAAGAGGGCAUUAACACAAUAAACCAUGCUGUCAAGGAGUUCUGGAAGAUCCUGGGGGGGCAGUCGAGUUAUCAGUCUGCAGGAACGCCAGAUGAAGAUGAGCUGUACGAGGGCGCCAUUGUGGAGACCAACUGCAUUUAUCGCCUGAUGGAUGACAAACUGGUCCCAGAUGAUGAUUUUUGGGCCAAGAUGCCUCGCUGUUGUCUGCUCAAUCCUAAGGAGGUUCUGGUUUUUGACUUUGGCAGUGAGAUGUACAUUUGGCACGGGAAGGAAGUGACUUUGGCGCAGAGGAAGGUGGCUUUCCAGCUGGCGAAGCACUUGUGGAAUGGCACCUUUGACUAUACAAACUGUGACAUCAACCCACUGGACCCAGGAGAGUGUAACCCACUCAUACCCAAAAAAGGCCAGGGUCGCCCUGACUGGGCAGUGUUUGGCAGACUGACUCAACACAAUGAAACCACCCUGUUCAAAGAAAAGUUCCUGGACUGGAGCGACUCCAGGAAAACUCCCAGUCCUACAAAAAACAGCAGCGAUCACAGUACUGAUCAAAAGGAGCAGCCCACCAUUGAUCAGCUCAGUGCAUGCAAUGCCUCACUGAUGCUGACCCUCCAUCAGACACCCGUCUGCACCAUCCUGGAUGGCUUCAAUGUGGGCCGGGGCUACGGCCUGGUGGAGGCAGAGGAGUGGCGCAGCUACGAGAUCAGCACUCUGGCAGUGGAGGUGUGGCACAUCCUGGAGUUCGACUACAGCCGCCUGCCGCGCCAGAGCAUUGGCCAGUUCCACGAGGGUGACACCUAUGUAGUGAAGUGGAAAUACAUGGUCAGCACUGCUGUUGGGAAGAGACAGAACCCGGAGCAGCUGAAGACGACAGGAGCGGGGAAGGAGAAGUGCUGCUACUUCUUCUGGCAGGGCCGCAACUCCACCGUCAGCGAGAAAGGAACAUCAGCACUCAUGACGGUGGAGCUGGAUGAAGAGCGUGGAGCACAGGUUCAAGUCCAGCAGGGAAAGGAGCCUCCAUGUUUCCUGCAGUGCUUCAAGGGAGGGAUGGUCAUCCACUCAGGAAAGAGGGAAGAGGAGGAGGAAAAUUCGCAGAAUGAUUGGCGUCUGUACUGUGUGCGUGGGGAGGUGGAGGUAGAGGGCCAUCUGCUGGAGGUCGCCUGUCACUGCAGCAGCCUGCGCUCAAGAGUCUCUAUGGUGCUGCUGAGCGUCAGCCAGGCCCUCAUCUACCUGUGGCAUGGCUGCAAGUCUCAGUUGCACACGCGGGAUGUGGCACGCACUGCUGCCAAUAAGAUCAAAGAACAUUGUCCUCUGGAAGCCGGCCUUCACAGCAGCAGCAAGGUCACCAUCCAGGAAUGUGAUGAGGGAGCAGAGCCCACGGGCUUCUGGGAAGCCCUCGGGAGGCGGGACAGGAAAGCCUACGACUGCAUGCUGCAAGAUCCAGGCAGGUUUAAUUUCACACCUCAUCUGUACCAGCUGAGCAGCAGUUCAGGAGAGUUUGCAGCUGUGGAGUUUCUCUAUCCCGCCAGAGACCCCAAGCAGGUCAACUCCAUGCCCUUCCUACAGGAGGACCUGUAUGCAGCUUCCCAACCAGCUCUGUUCCUGGUGGACAACCACCAUGAGGUGUACCUGUGGCAGGGCUGGUGGCCUCAGGACAGUGAAAGCACUGGCUCUGCCCGAAUGCGCUGGGACUCGGACAGGAAGUGUGCCAUGGAGACAGUUCUGCAGUACUGCAGAGAAAAGAAUGAGAAGAAGCCUCCCAAAGCAUAUUUGAUCCACGCUGGUCUGGAGCCACUCACCUUCACAAACAUGUUCCCCAGCUGGGAGCACAGAGAGGACAUCGCUGAGAUCACUGAGAGGGAGGCAGAAAUUUAUCAUCAGAUUAUUCUGGUGGAGGAUGUGUUGGCCCGGCUCUGUAAGACCACAUAUCCACUGGCAGAUCUCCUAGCACGGCCGCUGCCUGAGGGAGUGGAUCCCCUCCGCCUGGAGGUCUACUUGUCUGAUGAAGACUUCCAGGGUGUGGGGGCUUAUGGGAAGAGAGCCCUGGAGAUGAGCAAAGAGGAGUUCGGCGCUCUGCCCGGCUGGAAGCAGAUGAACUUGAAGAAAGCCAAAGGACUUUUCUGAAUGAUGAAAAACUGGGCGCUGCUGAUGUCAUCAGAGAAAACUCAGACUCCAAGGGUGGGGCUGCCUCUUCUGAGUUGACCCUUGAGCAGAUGAGGAUGGAUGAGAGGAGCUGUGGAUGUGUGGGGAAAAGAUACUCCAGUGUUUUGGUUGUAGGAGAGGAUUGUGAGUGGAUGCAUGUUUUAAUGGCAGUCAUGUAAAUUCCCACUCUGUUAAUGUAUGUACUUGUGUACUUUGAGCAGGAGCACCUUACACUGUCAGCCUUGCAGCCAUGUUGGUGUCGGCAGGUCUGUCAGCCUGCUGAACUCCCUCCACAUGAUACGCUCUGCUAUGUAUGUUUGUGCAUUAAAAAUAAAUUAUAUUUAUAUUAAAUCCAUGUAGAAUUUUUUUUAAAAAAGGAAAAUCUCAACAGAUAUUGAAAACCUAACAAAAUAAAGUGUAUAAUAAAUGUUGCAGAGGUUUGCGUCUCAUGUUCCAGCUGUACAGAUCACCGUUUGCUGUUUACUGAUCAAAUGAAGCUCUUGAUAUGAAUGACGGUAUAAUUACUGUGGGACAGAUAGAGACUUGAUUAAAAGCAAAAAAAGAAUGAUGAUGAAAUGUUUGAUUUUUAAUUCUUUCAGUGUAUAGUGCCUUGCUUUUGUGUACAGUUUAUAUACAGAUUCUAGUCUGCAUUUUGGAGACUGUUUUGUGAUAUAAAGAUGUAUUCUAGAAAUAAACCUGGAAAGUUUGAU